AUGAGAAAGUCAGCAUAUCUCUUCCUGGGCGUUCUCGUCACCCUCGCUCUGGCACAGAUAACAAGUCUUGCUUCGAAACAAGGACUUGCUGUUCACGGCGAUGCACCCGAUUCUGAUAACGAGUUCCUGUCAUCACAGAAUUCGCCCAUCUCCUGGUAUUACACUUGGUCACCGUGGCCUUCUAAUACAGUCAACAACUCGGUAGCAUUUCUUCCACUCCUACAUGGUCUUGACGCAGCAUCCGACGAUGAGUUGAAGUCCCUUCUCGGGCGGCUUCCCGCUUCAUCAACGCAUCUUCUCACAUUCAAUGAGCCAGACCACGACAUACCCUCUGGUGGCAGCGAUAUAUCCCCGGAAGAUGCAGCGGAGGCGUAUAUACAGUACAUCGUACCGUUGCGGGAGGGAAGCUCAGACUCACCUCGGACAUGGAACAUCAGCCACCCUGUUGUGACAGGCUCUGGCCAAGGUAUUGAAUGGCUCAAGCGCUUCAACGAAUCUUGUCAUGAUCUCAGCCCGGACGGUUGUCCCGCGGACUUUGUCGCGGUUCAUUACUACGGCGAUUUUCCAGGCCUGGCCGCAUGGAUUGGUACAUUGGAUGACUUUUACAACCCAUCUAAUUCGUCGGAGAACCGCCUCAGGUUCUGGAUAACGGAAAUGGCGUUGCCUCAAAAAGAAGUGGACUCGACAGUCGCCAUGCUGAAUCAAAGCAUGACGUACCUGGAUGGCUUGGAUCUCGUGGAAGGCUAUGCUUGGUUUGGUGCGUUUCGCACCGACAACGCCAAUGAAUGGACUGGCGACAGUGUAAGCAUGUUUGAUGAAGACGGCGGCCUCACAGAGGUGGGUGCGACAUUUCUUGGUGGCGAGGCCAAUGGUUUCGAGAAAGGGAUGAAGGGAGGCAGUAUUGCGGCACAAGAAACCGCUGCGCGACUGGGCAGCGAGCAGUUAGGUUCAUAUAAUUUCAUCGUUUACCAGCGAUGUUUGUCCACCGAAUCUGGCUACUCACCGCAAGAAGACGUAGAACAGAGGGCGCUGAAGUCAGGCUUGCAAGGCUUUGAUUUCCUGGUCUUGUCUAUCAACCCCGGCGUGGCCCUGGGCGAGUCGCGUUUUAUAGCUCUCAAGCCCGGCCUAUACAGCCAAAAGCCUAGCAUCGUGUUCAUCGACGCCGGGUUGCACCAGCCCGAGCCAGCUGUCUUGUAG